UAUGUCUAUGACGUGAUGGUACACUGUUGGUCCCUGAAGUUCACGGCUUCCCUGAUUGUCACAGUGAAGAAACGAAUGCAAAUCUCGAGUUUCAGUCAUGGACCAUACACCCUCUUCUCAGCUCUCAUAAUUUCAACUUCGUUUUUUUAAAAAGGUUUCACUUCAGAAAUGUAGAAAGUCCAAGGGUAACAUGAACUCAAAAGCAUCAUCAUUUCACCACACAAGUUUUGGAGCUACUCUUCAAAGGGAAAAAAAAAACUAACGUCUAAUGGAAGAAUCAGGAUCUCCAUCUCUUCAUUCUGGUCUUCCUGGAUUUGCCAUUUCUCAGAACUCUACAAGGGGGAAUUUAGAUGGAUACGAAACUAAUCACAUUCAAGGAUUUGGAUUCCCUGGCUUGAAAAAGAGAGGUCACACACAUGGAAGUCGUUCCUGGAUAAAGAUUGAUCAGAGCGGGAAUUCAAAGAUGUUGGAGCUUGACAAGGCGGCUGUAAUGAGGCAUUGUUCUUUACCUGCCAGAGAUCUCCGCCUCUUGGAUCCAUUGUUCAUUUAUCCUUCCACAAUAUUAGGUCGAGAGAAUGCUAUUGUGGUUAGUCUGGAGCAGAUUAGAUGUAUAAUCACAGCUGAUGAGGUAUUAUUGAUGAGUUCUUUGGAUGCAAGUGUUGUUCAGUACAAGUCGGAGUUGUGCAAACGCCUGCACACAAAUAAAGAUCAAUCUGAUGAUCUGCCUUUCGAAUUCAGGGCACUGGAGCUUGUUUUGGAACUAACAUGCAUGUCUCUUGAUGCUCAGGUAAAAGAAUUGGAAGUGGAGAUAUAUCCAGUGCUUGAUGAACUAGCAUCAUCUAUCAGCACUCUUAAUUUGGAACGUGUCCGUAGAUUCAAAGGCCACCUUCUUGCCUUGACUCAGCGAGUUCAGAAGGUCUGUGAUGAAAUUGAACAUCUUAUGGACGAUGAUGGUGACAUGGCUGAGAUGUAUCUAACAGAGAAGAAACAGAGAAGAGAGGCUUACUCCGUCAGUGAUUUGAAUUUUCAAACUAAUGUGUUUAGUGGGGUCAGAGUGGUGUCGAAAUCUGCACCUGUUUCACCAGUGGGGUCUAAUAUUGGAGCCCAGAAGUUGCAAAGGGCUUUCAGCAGCAUGAGUUCGAGCAAACAUGGAAGCUUAUCUGUUUCAUCUAACGGUGGGGAAAACAUUGAUCAACUUGAAAUGUUGCUUGAAGCUUAUUUUGUUUUCAUCGACAACACUCUCCACAAGUUGUUAUCGCUUAAAGAAUACAUUGAUGAUACGGAGGAUUUGAUCAAUAUCAAACUGGGCAAUGUUCAGAACCAGCUGAUACAAUUCGAGUUGCUUUUGACAGCAGCAACCUUUGUGGCAACGAUAUUCGCUGUUGUGACCGGGAUCUUUGGGAUGAACUUUGCGGCCACAAUAUUCGAUUACCCAAAUGCAUUCAACUGGGUUCUAGUUAUAUCUGGAGGAUUUUGUGGCAUGUUAUAUGUUUGUUUCAUAAUUUAUUUUAGGCACAAGAAAGUUUUUCCUUUGUAAAUUGUAUAGAUGUUCUGUAAUUUUUUCCCAGCAUUCUGGGAUGAAAUACAAGGCUCCUUCAACAUUGACAUUUUUGCUUUUUAUUGCC